AUGGCCACUUUGGUGUUGGACAAUGGAGCCUACACGGCUAAAAUAGGAUAUAGUUCGGAAGAAGUCAGCGUCAUUCCCAACUGUCAAUUUCGCUCCAAGACCUCCCGGAUGAAAACGUUCACGGCCAACCAACUGGACGAGAUCAAAGACCCGUCUGCGCUCUUCUACAUCCUGCCCUUCCAGAAGGGUUACCUGGUGAACUGGGACGUCCAGAGAAAAGUUUGGGACCACCUGUUCGGAAAAGAAAUGUUCAAAGUGGACUUUUCCGACACGGGCGUGGUCAUCAGCGAGCCCUACUUCAACUUCACUUCCAUCCAGGAGUCCAUGAACGAGAUCCUGUUCGAGGAGUACCGCUUCCAGUCGGCGCUCAGGAUCAACGCGGGAUCACUGAGCGCUCGCCGAUACUUCCGCGCCCAGCCGUACCAGCUGUGCUGCCUGGUGGUGGACAGCGGCUUCUCCUUCACGCACAUCGCCCCCUACUGCCGCGGCAGCAGAAUGAAGGACGCCGUCCGCAGGAUCAGCGUAGGAGGGAAGCUGCUGACCAAUCACCUCAAAGAAAUCAUCUCCUAUCGGCAGCUGCACGUGAUGGACGAGACUCACGUCAUCAACCAGGUGAAGGAGGACGUGUGCUUCGUGUCUCAGGACUUCUACAAAGACAUGACCUUGGCGCAGCUGAAAGGUCGGGAAAACACGGUGAUGAGGGACUACGUCCUGCCGGAUUUCGGCGCCAUCAAGAAAGGCUUCUGCAAGCCGGCCGACCAGGUGGUGCUGAGCGGCAAGUACAAGACGGGCGAGCAGAUCCUCCGGUUGGCCAACGAGCGCUUCGCCGUUCCCGAGAUGCUCUUCCACCCUUCCGACAUCGGCAUCCGGGAGAUGGGCCUUCCCGAGGCCGUCGUCCAUUCCGUCAGCUCGCUCUCUGAAGACAUGCAGCCUCACAUGUACGGUAACAUCGUCCUGACCGGCGGCAACGUUUUGUUUCCGGGCUUCAGAGAGCGACUGGAAGCCGAACUCCGCUCGUUGGUUCCCUCUCAUAUUCCCGUCAAGGUCACGCUGCCCGAAAAUCCCAUCACGUACGCGUGGGAAGGAGGGAAGCUGCUCGCCAACGAUCCCGACUACGAGGAAAUGGUGGUCACGCGCGACGACUACGAAGAAAACGGACAUUUUGUCUGCGAGGAGAAGUUUGACAUCUGA